AUGACUCGCUAUUUUGGUCAGAUUUUCUCCGCGGCGGUGCUCCUCGUGGCCGCUCUCCAUGGCGUCUCAGCCGCAACACCUUCCAAGGGGUGCGGCAACGCCCCCAAGCUGAUCACCGACGCGGCGGCCACCACCCCGUUGAAACUCACCUCCAACGGCAAGAACCGCGAGUUCUACGUCAAGCUCCCCGCCAACUACGACAACACCCACCCCUACCGCCUGAUCUUCACCCUGCACGCCCUCGGCGGCAACGCCCAGCAAGUCACCGUCGGCACAGGCGGCUACCUGCCCUGGUACGGGAUCCCGGCCCUCGCCAACGACACGCUGGGCGCGGUCUACAUCGCACCGAACGGGCUCAACAACGGCUGGGCCAACCAAGGCGGCGAGGACAUCACCUUUUUGAAGUCUGUCAUGGACACGGUCGAGGCGGACCUCUGCAUCGACCAGAACCUGCGCUUUUCGACGGGCUUCAGCUACGGCGCGGCCAUGUCCUACUCGCUGGCCUGCUCGCUGGGCAAGCAGAUCCGCGCCGUCGCUGUCCUGUCCGGCAACCCGCAGAUCAGCGGCUGCACGGGCGGGACGGAGCCCGUGGCGUAUUAUGGCCAGCAUGGGACGAAGGACUCGGUGCUGCCCAUUGCGGGGGGCAGGCAGAUGCGUGAUCGGUUUGUCAAGAAUAAUGGCUGUGCGGCCAAGCAACCCGCGGAGCCGGCCGCGGGGGGCAAGCAUAUCAAGACGGCGUAUGAGGGGUGUGGUGAGUAUCCGGUUGUGUGGAAUGCGUUUGAUGGCGACCAUACGCCGCAGCCGGUGGACCCGGGCACGUCGGGGACCUUCUCGGCGGUGGAGAGCUGGGCGUUCUUUGAGCAGUUUACGUAG